CUAUUUGCAUGAGCGAUGCUGCAGCAGCACUGGGAGCUCAGUUUCUGGGUUUCUUACCAACGAUCACUAGAAGGAAAAAGAGCGAGCUACAGAGCAGGAGAGGAAAAUUACCAGCAAAACACUAGAGCUUGUGGAAGUGAAUAGCCGUCAUUCUCAUCAGUACAGCCCGGCACAGCCUGACCAGAGCGAAGCAUGGAGCUACCAGCGGCGGGAGAGCACGUCUUUGCUGUGGAAAGCAUUGAGAAAAAGCGAAUAAGAAAGGGAAGAGUUGAAUACCUGGUGAAAUGGAGAGGCUGGUCUCCCAAAUACAACACGUGGGAGCCAGAGGAAAACAUCCUUGAUCCGAGACUUCUGAUUGCUUUCCAAAAUAGAGAAAGGCAGGAGCAACUUAUGGGUUACCGCAAACGUGGACCUAAACCCAAACACCUCGUGGUUCAGAUUCCUUCUUUUGCCCUGCGUUCCAGUGUCCUUUCGGAUCUCCAGGAAACCUCUCUGGAUGAUGAGAACAGGCCCAAGACUGAGACUAUCCCAGGGAACAAAAUGCAGUAUCAACAGUAUCAGCUGAACAGCAAGAAGCACCACCAGUACCAACCCAACAGUAACGAGGCCCAAGUCGAGCAACAGGCCAACAGCAAGAAGAAAUAUUACUACCAGCUUAACAGCAAAAAGCAUCACCAUUACCAACCGGACCCCAAAUUGUACGACCUUCAGUACCAAAGGGGAAGAGAGACCAGCGGUCAGCUCCAUUUGGACCACAGUCAAAAUCUGUCUCCCACUCUGCAGCAGACGUGGGUUCACAAUAAAGAGACUGGAUGCAUUAAUCAGGUUAAAGACCUGUCCGUGGAGCUCAAGAAGCUUCCAGCCCAUUUAACUGGAAGCGAUCCAGUUCUGAACGCUAAUGGAGUUACCAGUGCCGCCAAAGAAGUUGCAAUGAGCAACGGGAUUGGAAGUAAAAUGAAAAUCGUGAAAAACAAAAACAAGAAUGGGAGAAUCGUCAUUGUCAUGAGCAAAUAUAUGGAGAAUGGAAUGCAGUCGGCAAAGAUUAAAUCCAGGGACAAUGAAAUGAGCCAUCAGGACAGAAAGGUAGAUACUUCAGGAAAUGUCUCGGAGAGGACUAAGUUGGUUGAUUCACAUGGAUCGGAAGAUGGGGGUAACAAAGAUGAAGAAGAACAAAUGCCAACAAGUGCUGGUACUGCUACUGGACUAAACAAUGGACAUCCCCAAACUGAUGAAGUAGGGAUAAGAAAUAAUGAUAACAUGGAAAAAGACAGUAAUGAGACUGGAAAUAAUGCAGAACUGAUAGAUGACCAACCUCUUCAGCUUACCACCAAACCUAAUUUAAUACCAUGGCCCUUUGAAAUGGGUGUUCUGUCGAGACUGGACCAGAAAAGGAAUGAGGUUGGAAUAAAUCUGGCUCAUUCCAGGAAACGCAAUCUCUCUGAGCCAAAUGAGGAAAGAGGAGUUUUCAAAAAGUUUCUCACUUCUAGGAGCAUAAGCACACCCAGCAGUGUGCCUCAGCUACCCCAAGAGAAGCCAAUGGACCUUCAUCUGAACAGCUACCACCACACUAGUGUAUCAGACUAUUUGUUUGAUGGUUCAAACCCAGAAGAACCUAUAGACUUAAGUUUUGUGAAGCCCAGAGAUGUGGUGGAGACCUGCAAGCAAGUGCAGGUAGACCCAAAGGAGAAAGAGCCUUUGGAGACACAGGAAGAGAAGGAGGAACCUGCAUCUAGUUUUAAACCAUUCCUUGGAAACAUCAUAAUUACUGACGUCACUGCAAACUGUCUUACCGUCACCUUUAAGGAAUAUAUUACUGUCUAAUGAACUGGACCAUGACUGGGGAAUAUAUACAUUAUAGACCUGAUAUACACCAC